AUGAGAGUGAUUGACAUGGAAGAACUCAUGGCUUUCAUCCGUGAAGACCUCGGCAGCAUGCUCAAAGACAAACACGACGUCUAUUCUCCAGGCAGCCUGGAGUCUCUACCUUGUGAGCUCAUUGUCAUGAUUGCUGAGUAUCUUUCUAAAAAGGACCUACUCACGCUUCGAUCACUGGGCAACCGAAACAUAUCACGAGGUAUCGAUGACCGCUUUGUCAAAGUAUGCUUCUCCAGACGACGAUGUCGAACGACCAUGGCAAGCGUCGCGCGCCUCGAGGCCUUGUCUUGCACGCGACUUGCCGAGCGUAUUCGCACACUCGAGGUGUACACUAUCUUCGAUUGCCAGCCAUCACGAUUCGGGGAUCUAGCAACAGGAAAACCCUGUGCGAAGGCUGCCAUCAGUACCUCCGAGGUGCCAUGGAUGUUCGGUCGUAUCUUUCAACGUCUGACGAAUCUCAAGAACUUCUUGUUUCGCGCUCCUCCUGGUCUGUGGGGAAUGUGUGACGAGGAAUUAACCAAUGAGCUGCCACUGUUUGGUUUUUCCGAAGCCCAUCCGCACUUAAGGUUCGGCCCUCGAUAUCACUUCGGGCUGCAUGGUCCACGGCACGAUCACGUUAUCGAUACGUACUCUAUGGUCAGCCUUGGUUAUGCCCUGAUUUCCAGCCUCCAGCAUACAAGACAGCAGCUAGACAGCUUUGAGAUAUUGGGAUUCGCGGAUUCGAAAUGGCAGUCGAAGUUGACAUCUAGUCCACUAUUACUCUACUCCAUGCGAAGGGUAUGCGCCCUACGAGCCCUUACAUGCCUGAAGCUCCAGUUGGAUAUGUUGGCCUUGGAGAAUGAAUCCAUGACUUCCCUUGUCUUGAUGAUCGAAAGCAACGCGAACCUCAAAUCUCUGCAUCUAUCUGCGCGCCCAUCGAGUUGUCAGCGCUGGUUAUCGCGUAGCGAGAAUUGGGCACCUUUGCUUCGGCUACUAGGCUCUAGCCCACCAUUCCGCCUCCGCUCACUCGAACUUGACGGGCUUGUCACGAGCACUUCUGCGCCCACUCUUGCGCGGAUCAUCAACGUACACUCAUCCUCGAUUCGCCGCGUCGUUCUCAAGCACACAAACUUCCAUUACCCGAAUACGCUUCGUGAAUUCUUCACAGCGUGCGCCAACUCGGGUAUACAUUACUACAGGUCAGAGAGCCUCUUGUUCCACGAAACGAGCAUGCUGGUUGGUACUAGUCUAAGCUUCCGCGUGUUUGAGGACAAGGAAGACGAACUGCACCGAGAUUGGUCGGGCGAGGAGGACUUGGAUCAAUGUGACCUGCUCGAUACGACUUGCCAGGAUUGGGUGGAGGUGCGGUUCCCUAGCGGAAGGGACAUACUGGUAUACGACAACGAGAAUGGGCAAAACGGAGAUGAUUGGAUGUACAGGGCCUUUAUGGCCGGUGUGUCGAUGAUCAAGGAUGGUGCUCUCAUUGAUUCUUAA